GACUGUCCCGGCAUCUCUUGAUCCAUCAUAAUUCCAUUCAUUGUUGGAAGCUUUGGAGAAUGUGUACCAACAUAACAUUCCAGCAGCCACUCUCAUGAUCGGAGCAAAAGUCCUUGCAGUCCACUAUUCUCUCCUGCAGGAUAUUGGAAUUCAAGUGCCAGCUGCUAUUGCUGUUGGGAACGUCUCGCUAGGCAAAACACGGAGUGCUGAAGCAGCUUUAUCCCUGGUUGGAAUGGAUACUGUCAGCAAGGUGAAAUCUAUCACAGAUGUUAAAGCUAUCAAGUUUGGCAGUCUCACAUCAUUGGGCAUGAUUAUUGAUGACCCGUCUCAACCAUCUCAAGUAUCGGAGAAGCUGCUCUUUCAUUUUGAUAGAGGUACCAGAGCCACUACUACUUCUUUUGAUGCCCCGAAAACUACGUUUCUCACAUCAAUGAAUACUACCUGCCUGCAAGCUUUAUCAAGCAUGGAUCCAAGAUACAUCACUAGGGCUGUUCUCGUUCCUUUUGAGGAAAGUGGACAUAUUGAAGCAGCAAGACGUGUUGAUGCUGACAGAAAGUUGAAACGAAUCAUGGCAAAGGAAGCUGGGAAAGCUGUAGGUGUUGUAAUAUCUAUGGGGAAAUUCUUCAAAUCACCAGAGGCAGACAACUUUUUCAAACACAUUGUUACCCGUGUUGAGCAUCUAAUGCCAGAUAACACCUGUCAUCGCCUUCUCGUUUCUUACUCUUGGUUGCUUGGAGCAACUUUCAAGAUACUGUCUGUUGCAAACGUCCUGAAACCUGAGGCUGAAGAAAUGAUAUGGAAGUACUUCGAAAACACAAUGGUUCCAAUCAUUACCAAGUAUCAGCUGGAACCUAUGGAGGCCCAAGUAGACUUAACAAAAGAAGACAUCCAGCGUGUUCUGUGUUCAUCAGUUGCACAGCAGCCUUCCAGCACUGUGUUGACUUUCGUACGGAAUAUAAGCUCUCAUCAGUUUGCAAUCAACGUUGGGCAGUUGAGGAAGCACAAUGAAUCUAUGGGAAAGUCCCUGUCAUCCUCAUUUAAGAGUGCUCUUACGAAUUUGUUCAGGGGCAGUAUCAAACCAAGUGUUCCACAGCUAUUCCUCAAACCUGGAGUGAACCUUCCCUACGUGCAGACGGGAAUAAAAGGAAGAAAAUCACCCAACAACGUGUACGUGCGGAGUUUUGUGAUACAAAAAUCGUCUCUCAGCAACGACACAGUAGCAAAACUAGAGAAAGCCUCCUCUGAACUGAAACAAACUCCUGCAUCCUCCUCUCAACAAAUUCCUGCAUCCUCCUCUCAACAAACUCCUGCACGUGAGGCUCACCAGAGCAGGAAUGUGAGGCAAACAGCUGCAGUUACAUUGAAGAAAAAAUUGUAUUCUCCUGCCAAGUUGUGUAGGUCUCCCAAGAAGAAGCGAUGCACGACACCACACCUCUCACUUUCUUUGAAUGGAUCACCUUCAAGUUCUGAGGCAGAAUUAUACACACCUCUCAACAGAUCACACCAAUUACAUCGGACAAUGAUGAAGUUGAGUUUACUACACGGUCCGACGUUAUUGAGCAUUCCUCACUAUACUUACUCCUCAAAAGAAGAGAAAAGAGAGACCUCUGCCAACACCAAGAGGAGUUUUUACUAUAGCACUCCAAUUAACAAACAUUCUGUGGCUGCUCUCAAGCAAUCAUUUUCUCCAAUCUGCCACAAGAUUAAACCGAGAAAGCUACAAAAACAUUUUGAGGGCAGUCGUCAUGAUGCAGAUAAAAAGACCUCCAUUUCAUCCAUUACUCAAAGGGCACAUCAGGAUCCCCCAAUGCUUGAAUUGCAGCAAAAAGUCUCCCCUGAACAACAGAUCACAGCUAUUGAAGUGGUUGACUCGGUCAUCAAACUCAAGAAAAUACCAGAAGACGAGAAACACUGCCAGCAAUGUGGAGGGAAAUUUACGAAGAAGGGAAAAGGCAUGUGGGUCGGGUGUGAGGCUGACUCAUGCUGGCGAUGGUAUCACUACACCUGUGUAGGUUUGAAGGAGCUGCCUUUCGAGAGCCAAGUUUGGAUAUGUCCAAGCUGUCAUCCACCAGCUGGAAAGUUAUCCGUGAUUAACUGAAUAAUGCCAAACUUUCGAAUAAUGCCAAAACUAUCUGUACGGUAUACUAUUAUUAUCUAUUUACCCAGUUAUGGUCAUAAUUACAUGCAUAAUAUGUUUGAUUUGUGCAUAG